CAUGAUAUAAUAAUUUAAAAUUACUCUAUCAUUACAAUAAAUUUGAGUUUAAAUUUCAUCUUCACGAAACGGGCAGUUUUCCGUACUUUCCUAUAUGACACGUAUAAACACUGCUUAGCCCUGAUCUGUCAUGUAGCUGUCAAUUAAGAAAACGAAGCGAUUGCUGCACGGUGCAUACGGAAGCUGUGGUUCUCUGUUUAAUUUGCAAUAAAUAUCGUGAAAACCCCUUUUUCACGCUUCUGUGCAGUGUGUAGAAUAUGAAUGGUGCCGUAACAAUGGGAAGCAACGAGUACAAUUCCGGAAGCAACAACAACAACAGCGAAGCCUCACCGGCCCGAGAGGAGUAUCGUAAGGAAGCGGAGAGCUCGCCGCCACCGGCGAAAGUUUCGAAGCGCGAUAAGGAACGGGAACGAGAUCGCGAACGUCGCGAACGUCGCGAAAGGGACAGAGAGCGCGAGGAACGUGACCGAGAACCGAAGAUUCUACCGUACAUUGCGCAGCCCGUGUAUGAUAUUCGUCAGAUUGGCGAUGUGGCCUUUGGACCGGGCACUCGGUCGGCACUGCUGGGCAUACUCGGUGGAGCAUUGCCCCGGCUUAACACGGAGCAGAUCGAGCUAGUAUCGAGGGCGAAAAAAUACGCCAUGGAGCAGAGCAUCAAGAUGGUGUUGAUGAAGCAAACGUUAGCCCAUCAGCAGCAGCAGUUGGCCAGCCAGCGCACCCAAGUGCAACGGCAGCAAGCUUUGGCUCUUAUGUGUCGUGUUUACGUCGGCAGUAUUUCGUUUGAACUGAAGGAAGACACCAUCAGGGCGGCAUUCCUACCAUUCGGGCCGAUCAAAUCGAUCAACAUGUCCUGGGAUCCGAUCACGCAGAAACACAAAGGAUUUGCGUUCGUCGAGUAUGAAAUACCCGAAGGAGCGCAGCUGGCGCUGGAACAGAUGAACGGUGCCAUGCUCGGUGGGCGCAACAUCAAGGUCGGCCGACCGAGCAAUAUGCCGCAGGCGCAGCAGGUGAUCGAUGAGAUCCAGGAGGAAGCGAAGAGCUACAAUCGCAUCUACAUUGCCUCGAUCCAUCCGGAUUUGACCGAGGAGGACAUCAAGAGCGUGUUCGAAGCGUUCGGGCCAAUUAUGACCUGCAAGAUGUCGCAGGGAAAUGCUGUACACACGCACAAGGGAUACGGAUUCAUUGAGUAUCAGACGAAUCAGUCCGCAAUCGAAGCAAUCGCCAGUAUGAAUUUGUUUGACCUGGGCGGACAGUUGCUAAGGGUUGGACGAUCAAUUACGCCACCGAACGCGCUGAUGGGCCCGGCGGCGAAUUCCGCCAUGCCAACAGCAGCAGCCGUCGCUGCAGCAGCUGCUACCGCCAAGAUUCAGGCCAUGGAUGCUGUGGCUACGAACGCCGUCUUGGGACUGUCAGCCACUUCACCUGGUCUGAAAGUUGGUCUCACGGGGCUGCCGCUUAACCCGGCAAUCACGACAGCCAGUGCUGGAUUUGUUGCGCAAGCACAGUUGGCCGCAGCCACACAGGCCGCAGCUGCAAUUAACAGUCAGCCGGGGCUGCUGGUGCCGCCAGUUUCGCUAGCUCCCUCCCUGCUGGUCAAUCCGGUGCUGGGUGCUGCAGCCAAGCCACUUCCCACAGUAUUGAGCCAAGCGAAUCCGGCUGCGGUUGCGGCGGCGGCCGCCGCGGCAGCAGCAGCAGCAGCGGCAGCUGCUGCGGCCCCGAACGCUACAGCGGAAGAUGUGUACAAAAAAGCACAAGAAAAACAGCAGGAAGAGCUACAGAAGAAGCUACUGGAGGAAGGGGAACCGCAAACGUUACAGCAGCAGGAGUCCAUGUCGAUCAAGGGCCAGAGUGCUCGGCAUUUGGUGAUGCAGCGGCUAAUGAGGCCGCGCGAAAGCAAGGUGGUUAUUCUGCGCAAUAUGGUCGGACCGGAGGACGUCGAUGAGACGCUGCAGGAGGAGAUUCAAGAUGAGUGUAGCAAGUACGGUGCCGUGGACCGGGUUAUUAUCUACAAGGAGCGCCAAUCGGAGGGCAACUUUGCCGAGGACGACAACACCGACAUGAUCGUAAAGAUCUUCGUCGAGUUCUCGCAGGCCACCGAAGCAGAUAGAGCCCGUGAGUCACUGAACGGUCGCUACUUUGGCGGCCGCCUGGUCAAGGCGGAGUCUUACGAUCAGGCUCUCUUUGACCACGGCGAUCUGUCUGGCUAAAUCGAGGGCGCGUGAGCACGUGUGUGUGUUUGGGGACGUGUGGGAAGCGCUCCGCAUCCUACACUUUCUUACCUCUCGAGCAAUGGUCCUAGCUGAUCAAUUUUCGACACAAACAUUGGGAGCGCUUAUAUGUGUGUGUUUGUGUGUGUGAAGUACUCUUACUCUCUCUCUCACACACACACACACCCUUAGAUGGGCAGGAAGAAUUGGAUGAAUCGAAAAAAAACACGAUCGUUGGUAAUGGGCGACUCAGCAGGUUCAUAAUUUGUUCACUUGGAAAUGAAAAUUGUGUCCAGUUCUUUGACCCUGCCCAUCGCAAAGAGAAAACCCGCCAGUAUCGAUUAGCCAGAAAGAUUGUACCGAACACAGUUGUUUGUUUAUAAGCUCUCAAGCAUCAUAUUACCACCAAUGCUAUCGGCCCACUCAACUUGAAUCCCUUUUGAAAUAGUAAAUAAUGCGUGGACGACGAACCCUUUUCACUGAACCAGCAUUAAUGUGGUUCAUUUAGACUAAAAAAGUAAGAUUAAAAACCUAAUAACACAACCAUAAAAUCACACCCAGGAUUAAUAGAAACCUACCUUUAAACUACACAACAUGCACUUCAUGCAGCAAGCACCUUGAUGGACUUUUGGAGUUUCGAAAAGAGGACAACUUUUGUUGCACUAGCAGUGUCCCCCGUGUGUGUUACUACGAUGCAAUCCAUCAGACCAAGCUGUGCAUACAACAGAGAGUGAAUGGCAUUACGAUGCACACAUACACCAUUUCUCAUUCAUGUGUUAGACAUAAACAUAGGCAUAAAGUCAAAAUAAUCCUGCAUCGUAAAGGACGAGCUGUGUGUAUUGAAGGCGCAAUACCUAGGAAUUCACACGGACCUAAUUAAAUCCACCAUAAAUUUCGAGCGUCGCUCAACGCUGCUCUUGCUCUAAUAUAUUAUAAUUUAACUGUAUAUACAAACUCGGGAAGCGCGUAACGGCCAUUUGUUCGUUUUGCUGCUUUUCCGGUGCUACAUGAUCAAGGAAAUAUAGGACUAACGUCACCAAAAUCA